AUGAUUAAAUAUAAAAGUAAAAGAGGAAUACAAAUUUUAUUUGCUCUUAAACAUCUUAUUACUGCAAGUUUCUCUCAAGAUAUUUAUCUAAUAAUAAUAUCAGCUGCUAAUUUAAUUACAUUAAUCUUAUUGCUAAAAAAGAAUCUGCAUUCAAUUUGGAAAUAUUUCAGAAUUAUAUUUCUCUUAGAAUUAUGUUUCUUUGAUUACAUAUUUUCACCUCCAAUUAUAGCCACAAUAUAUUUUAAAAUCAAGUUUAAGAUCGUAAUACUGGUCUUUUAUUGCUGUAGAGUAGGUUUUAUUUAUUUCCAAGUUUUUUAAAUAAUAGAUUGGGUUUAUUUAGGAGUUUUGUUUAUCUCAUUUAUAUUCUAUAUUUAUUCUCAUGUAUUAUAUUAUUUAUUUUUAGGAGAGUAAAUUACUUAACAGUAAAAAUUAAAUCACAUCUGAAAGGAAAUUAUCAUAUAUUAAUAUUAACUCUUAAAGUGAUUAGUAGGAUAUUUUUGAUCUCUUUAAUUUUUUACCUUUUGGUAUAUGCAUUUUAGAUGAUAAAUAAAACAUAACUAAUUCUAAUUAAAAAGCUAAAAAAUAUUGUUCUAACAUAAAAGAAGAAAAUUUACAAUCUUAAUUAUUUAUGAUGAUCUAAAAGUAAAAUUUAUCUUAAAAACAAGGGCUUGCUUAUAAUAAUUAGAUAAAAAAUCUAUUUUUAAUUCAUCUGAAGAUCAAGCCUCAGAAUUUUAAAUGAGAAGAUUAUAAUCUUUCAGUUAAACAAGAAAGAAAGCUAUUUCUUAAUAGAGAUAGUUUAGUAAUUUGAUAGAUGUAACUUAAAUAAUAAAUAAACACAAAACAAUAAAGGGAGUAUCAGAUAAGUAAAACUCUCUUAAAUAUAAAGAUUCAAUUACUAAUAAGAUAUAUGAAAUUAAAAUAUAUGAGAUUUCUUAAGGUAGUCUGAUUUGUAUGUAAAAUAUUUCAAAAAAAGAAAAACAAUCAGAAAUUCGUGAAAGAUUUCAUUUCUAAUCUAUGUUAAUAAACUCAUUUUCUCAUGAAUUAAAAACACCGUUAAAUUGCUCAUUAUCUCUUUUAUAAAUUUUAGAAUAGGAGUUAAGAUCUAAUGAAAUAUUAUAGCAUAAUGAAAUUGAAUAAAAAUACUUAAAACCUGCAAUAAUUUCGAACAGAAAAUUAUUACACUAGAUUAAUGAUAUUCUUGAUUAUGCAACUUUUGAAGCUUCAACAUUUGAAUUGAGACCAACUUAAUUUAAAAUAUCAACAUUAAUUAAUACAAUAGAUUAUUAUUUUAAGGAUGAAUGUUAAUAAAAAUAAAUACAUUUUGUUAUUUAAACUUGUGAUGAUAGUUUAAUAAAUAAUGAUUUUGAUAGAAUAGUCUAAAUUUUGGUUAAUUUAUUAAAUAAUUCAGUUAAAUUUACUAAAUAAAAUGGUUUAAUAUAAUUUAACAUAAAUAGAAUGGGUUCUAUAUAUUCAUUUGAAGUAUUUGAUACAGGUUGUGGAAUAUCAGUUGAAAAGCUCUAUCUUAUAAAUAAAAUCCUUUAGAAUCAUGAAACUGACAUAUUAAAAAGAGGAGAUGAAGAUUAUAUAUAAUAUGUUGGUCUAGGAUUGAAGGUUUCAAGUUAAAUUGCAUUUAAGUUAUGUUAAAAAGGUGAGUUAAUUAUAACAAGUUCAUUAAAUCAAUUUACAAAGAGUCGUUUUUAUGUAUAAGAUUUGAUUACAUAAGAAGAGAUUCUGACUAUUCCAACUGAUGAAUUUAUUUAAAUCCCCUAUUAAAGUAAAACUAAAAAGAAAUGUAAUUGUAGUUUAGUUCUUAUAGUAGAUGACAUCCCUUUUAAUCAUUUAGCUUUUACCACAGUUUUAAAAUAUUUUAAUAUAAAAUGUGAUAGUGCUUAUGAUGGAAAUAUGGCUAUUGACAUGGUUAAGAGAAAGUAUGACAAUUGUUAAUGUGGAUAUAAAUUAAUUUUUAUGGAUAUUGAUAUGCCUGGAAUUGAUGGUUAUCAAUGUAGUAAAGAGAUUUCAUUAUUUUUACAACAAAAAAAUAUUACUUCAUUUAUUAUUAUGUGUAGUGCUUUCGAUAGUAAAGAAAAUAUUGAUAUAGCUUAUAAAUCAGGGAUGAAAGAUAUUUUGCCAAAACCUAUAAAUACUUUACAACUAAAAAAAAUACUUGGCAAGUAUUAUUUUUGA